AUGCAUCUUCCCAGACUUCCCCCAAAUGCCGCGUAUAUCCGUCUUUCCAACCCUGCAAAGCGCAAUGCUUUGAGUCUAUCGAUUCUGCAAGACCUCAAGACCCAGCUCACCAAAGCGCUGACGUCUCCUGUGUCGGGACAGCUUCGUCUUCUACCGCCUUUCAAAGAGCCCAUCCUCUCUGACCUCGAAGAGGCAUUGCGAAAAAGGGAUAUUGCAUCGGAUAUCUGGAAGAAGUAUGGCUGGCUAGUCAGCGCUGCCGAGUGGAAGAAAGAGCGUCAUGGUCUGCCGGAUGUGCUUAUACUUCGCAGCGAUGGACCCGUAUUCUCGUCAGGGCAUGAUUUGAAGGAACUUUCGCAGCUUGGGUAUGACGACGUGAAGCUGCUGUUUAGUCUCUGCGCAGAAGUCAUGAGCUUGAUUCGGAGAAGUCCCGUACUGGUUGUUUGUCCUAUACAAGGUCUUGCUACGGCUGCAGGAUUCCAGCUUGCCAUGACGACAGACUUUCCCAUUGCGUUGCCCGAUACAAAGUUCUCUCUGCCCGGAGCCAAGAUCGGAUUGCCUUGCACAAGCCCGUCAACUGCGGUUUCGAGACGUCUGUCGCCUGGUGCGACAUACCGGUUGCUUGCGACUGCUGAACCUGUAACGGCGUCAGAGUAUCCUGGUGCAGUUGACGUGGUCAAGUUGGUAACAGGAACGCAGCCGAGCGAUGCACUUGAAAGUCGUGUAUCGGCUGUGGUGGAACAGCUGGCAUCGAUGUCACCGCAGCAGCAGGCGGUAGGUAAAUGGGCUUACUGGACACAACUUGGUAUCGGGGCGACGAGCGGAGAUGAUGGUGGUGAUGGGUAUGAGACUGCGGCGCGAUGGGCGGGGAGAGUUAUGGCUUUGCAUGCGAAGAGUGAGGAUGCGAAAGAGGGUAUUGGGGCCUUUUUGGAGAAGAGGAAACCUGAUUGGAAGAGUAGGUCUGAGUCCAAAUUGUGA